CUUUCAUCCGGGUACCGGGCUAGGACGAGCUCAUUAGCUAAAGGUACCAAUAUGGCGGAGGCUUCUCUAGGAGGUUCAAGUCCAGUUGGCUCUUUAUCAUCAGAGGACCAUGACUUUGAUCCAACUGCAGAAAUGUUAGUUCAUGAGUAUGAUGACGAAAGGACCUUGGAAGAGGAGGAGUCUUUAGACGGUGGGAGGAACAUCCACUCUGAACUGGCAGAUCUGGAAAGGGAAGGGAACAUGCCUUUGGAAGACCUUUUGGCCAUUUAUCGCUAUGAGGCUUCAGCAGGCUCAAGUAUAGACAGUUCCUCUGGAGAUCUGACUGAUGAGCUGCCAGACAUGACAUUGGAUAAGGAGGAAAUAGCGAAAGAUCUGUUAUCUGGGGAUUAUGAGGAGGAGACCCAAUCUUCAGCUGAUGACCUGACCCCAUCUGUUACUUCUCAUGAAACCACAGAUUUCUUUCCAAGAACACUUCGAUCCAAUGCUGUCUCUGAUGGGGAUAAAGAAUCAGAGUGUGAUGACCUAGGGCCAAGCCCUGAUGACUCUGGAAAAGAAAUCAUGGUAGGAUCAGAGUUCCAAGCAGAGGUGCCAUAUACGCUCUGUCACUAUGAAGAUGGUGAAAAAGUGUAUGAAGAUGAUGACGAGUUGCUGUGGAGCCCUGACGUUUUGUCAGAAAACAAGGUUAGGAGUUACCUCUCUGAAGUAUUGUCACGGACGACAGAUGAAAGCACAGGAUAUGACAAACCAGGGAUGCAUGUUCGAGAUGAUGAGCAGGCUUUGUAUGAGCUUGUAAAAUGUAACUACAACACCCGUGAAGCACUAGAGAGGUACUGCAGCCACGAGAGAUCAUCUAAAGAAAAAUCUCCUCCAUGGUCGGAGGAAGAAUGCAGGAACUUUGAACACGCUCUCCAGAUGUAUGACAAGAACUUUCACCUCAUUCAGAAACACAAAGUAACGACACGGACGGUAGCAGAAUGCGUCGCAUUUUAUUAUAUGUGGAAGAAGUCUGAGCGCUUCGACGUCUUUGUGCAGCAGAAUCGGUUUGGCAAGAAGAAAUACAGCAGCUAUCCUGGUGUAACUGACCUGAUGGACAGGCUGGUGGACGAAGCAGAAGGACUGGCAGUGGACAGCUCGUCCUCUGUGUGUUCAGGGACAGGUGGAGGAAGGAUGGAGACCACAACAGAGCAGCAGCUCAGUCUGCUGAACUCCAUCACUGCUAGCGACCUCACAGCUUUGAGCAACACCGUAGCCACAGUAUGCACCCCUGGGGAGGUGGGUUGCUUGGACUCCUACAGCUUCCCUCUGGAAAGCCUCCAUCGUGGAUCCUUGAACCACGACGAAUCCCUCGGGUUCUCUUCCAACGGCGCUGACCCCGACUGCCUCAACAUGCUCGACGCAGGAUUCUACCACCCAGAAUUGGGGCAGCUCGGAGGAGUUUGCGUCAACAAAGACUGCGAGCGACCCUCCAAGAGACUCAAGAUGACAUUGCCUGACUCAUUUAUCAAUGAUGUUUCUGUCGCUAACCUGGGGGUUGACUUUGAAGCCCGACGGACAACAACACAUCACCACCGGAUCACCGGGGCCAAAAUGGCCGUGUCCGUCACAGACUUUGGGAGUUUAGCUGGCAGCGGCGAGCCCAACGGGUUUCUUUCAGCGCACGCACGACACCACACACAACACACUGCAGCACUUCAGUCAGAGUGAUCUUCCUCGUCUUCUUCCUCUGUUCUUCCCUUUUGAAACAUUUUUUUUUUUUUUUUCCUUGCUUGUACAUAAGACUGACCUUACUGGAAAAUCUUGUUUAAAUUCUAUUAUAAAUAUAUAUAUAUAUAUAUAUAUACAUAUCUAUAUGUAUAUGGAUAUACUUUGUUUUCAUUUUUUGUGUAAUAUGACAUCAGUGAUGUCUACCAUAUAGAACUAAAUCUUGAUUUCUCUCAAGAGUUUAUAUAGCCAUUUGUUUUAUUAUUUUGUUUGCGUUUUCGAGAUGUUUAACGUCCGUGUCGUGGGGCCCAGAAGCUGCAGUAGGAGAGUUUGGAAUCUUCUUUUCUUGCAUAUACAAGCUUCUUCAGCGCUACACUCUGUUAUCCUGCCAUUCUUUUCAGCUGCCAAAACAGAUGUUCUGCCUCUAGUGUUAGCAGUUAGAUGCUUGUCGUUAUUUGGUGUGGUACUUAUUUAAUUUCUUUUUUUCUAAAGUUGUGUUUGGUUUACAGGUACCUUCAGUAAUUGGAAUGGUGCAUAUUGUUUUUUUUUUGUUUGUUUUGUUUUUUUACCCUGUCCCGAAGCAACACUAGCAUGCAGAUUACCUGAAAGGCCAGGAAGUGUUAUGACCUAAACUGCAUGAGCCCUUUAGUCCGAGUUAUUUAUAGAGAUGCACCAAUCAGAAUCUUGUCGCAGGUUUUUUCACAAAGCUUUGACCUUAAACUCUCUAAUUUUGUUCCACAUCUUAAUACUCUUUGAGUUGCAAGAAGAUAAGAGAACAGCCAAUCACAAUAGCGUUUGAUUUGCCAUUAGUGGUGAUAAAUAAUUUAUAUUGGGAGGAGCAGUUAGGCGUUGCUUUAUGUUGGAGAGCUGUUACUGUAAAACAGAUUUUAGUAUUAAAAAACACAAUCUGAUCACAGAAUUGGUAUUUUGUUAGCAGUCAGAUUAGCAUUGAAUAAUCCUAAUCAUGAUUUGCAUUCAAAUGAGAAUGAAGGUCCUUCAUUUUGUUUUCCAAAAGGCAUCAUCACCGUCACAUCUAGCAUGUUCUGACAGACGGUAAAACGCAGAGCAACUUAACAAAAUUCCAAUUUUUUUUUCUAUUUUUUACUUGCACUCUUGCAACCUGAAUAAACUGCAAAUAUAAAAAAAAGUUCUCGCAUUUUAAAUCCCCUUGCUGAUACUGUAACUUAGUUUUCACUCAGUUACAGUAUCAACAGUUAGGGUUUUAAUGUUGGUAUGUGAUAGUGCUUGCAUAUGAUGCAUUAAUACAUUUAAAGUCUUUUUUUUUUUUGUUAUUUGAAAUUGUAGUGACAGUUUGUUGGUGCAUCUCUUGUCUGAGUUGACUAAUUUAAAAGGUGCAAAUCUUUGAACAAUCAGAUUUUUUUUUUCUCCCUAUAAACCCAAAUUCUUGGCCUUUGAUUUGCUCUAAUACCAUCUUCUUAACAGCUGGAGAAGAAAGCUUUUGCAGUCUGGCAUAAUGGGAGUCGUACAGUUUUCCUUUUUCUCCCUGUCGUGAAAUCUUCCUCUGAGCUAACUGUAACAGCAAUAUAGCAAUGCAACGACUGGUUGGGGUAAUAGCCAUGUAAACACUGACACAAUAUAGCUCUGUAUUUAUUGAAUACACUUUGACCUUUCUGACUUAAUUUAAUUCUUUUGAGUUUAUUCAUGCUGCUCUUUGGCACGUUUUCCUGUAUAGUUCCUUAUUACAUUUGGUAGAAUAUGUUCCUUAAUCACGUAGCGUCUAUUUGUUUUUCCACUAUUGGCAUGUUUUGCUUUACCAGCUGGUGUUGUUUUGUUUAUUUAAAGCCUCUCUUGAGUUGUUUGUAACCUCUGCUUAGCCUGUGCUGAUGAAAGAUUCCUUUUGAAACUUGAUUGACGAUUUCACGGUAGUCUAGUAGCAGAAAUGGAGCGGUUUUUACUUGACUGAAUUCCUUAAUUGUAAAAAA